ACAACGCAGACAUGCUUAUCAAGAAUCGUUAAGAUCUCUCACUCUACUCCGGAGAGAGAGAGAGAUUCAAUCAAUCAAUCACUAGCCAGUUGUAGCUCGCCUGGUAAAGGAAGAUGGCGAUGCCUCUUCGCCUUGUUCUGGUACUGGUCUUGUUGGAGUUGCUGAGCAGAAGCGGCAUCGUUAGUGCCCACAAGCCCCCUUCUCCUGGCUACUACCCAACCUCCAUCCUCCCCUCCUCAUCUUUCUACGACUCCUUCACAAACCUCUGGGGGCCUCAGCACCAGUCUGUUUCUGAAGAUCAAUCUUCUCUCACUAUUUGGCUCGACAAAUCCUCAGGAAGUGGCUUUAAAUCCAAGAAAGCAUAUGAAUCGGGUUAUUUUGGAGCAGCGAUCAAACUCCAUCCCGGUUACACAGCAGGAGUCAUCACUUCGUUCUACCUUACCAAUGAGAACAUAUAUCCCGGGGAACAUGAUGAAGUUGACAUUGAGUUCUUGGGCACCACCCUCGGCAAGCCUUACACUCUGCAGACCAAUGUCUACAUCAACGGAACUGCCGAGAGGAAGAUAGGGAGGGAGGUGAAGUUUCAUCUCUGGUUUGAUCCAACUGCUGACUUCCAUAACUACGCCAUCCUCUGGAACCCAAGAGAGAUAGUAUUCUUUGUGGAUGAUGUCCCCAUUAGAACAUACCCAAGGAGGUCUUCAUCCACCUUCCCUCUGAGACCCAUGUGGGUCUAUGCGUCAAUAUGGGAUGCUUCUUCUUGGGCUACUGAGAAUGGAAAAUACAAGGCCGAUUACAGGUACCAGCCAUUUGUGGCCAAGUACAGCAGAUUCAUCGUGAGAGGCUGCCCGGCUUACUCCUCCCAGAACUGCCGGCCACUGUCGGCCUCUCCCCUCGGCACCCUCGGCAUGAGCCUCAUGCAGAGUCAGGCGAUGCAAUGGGCUCACAACUACCACAUGGUCUACGACUACUGCAAGGACUCUGGUAGGGACAGGUCCCCUUACCAUGAGUGCCCGCCUGCCUCCUCUAGCACCUCCAUUGAAAUUUGAAGACAGAACUAUUCAUUCACGAACAUGGCAGGUCUUCACUUUGUUUGGCAGAUGAUUUUGAGCCUCUUGUUGGGAAUAAUUGUGAUGGAAGCGUAUAUGUAUAGCCGCGAGUACGUGCAUGUCUGUCGCUGUUUAUAUUUGAUAGUAUAAGGUAUUGCAUGCUUCUGUAUUGGCAGGAGAAAAUAAGAAGGAACACAGCAGAUGGUUUGUCUCAGAAACUUCAUUGUCUCAAUCAAUUAUUGUGAACAACUGUUGUGCCAUGAGAAUGAUCGGCAGCUUAAGAUCUUGGAUGUUGCUUUCCAGUUGUUGAAAAUAAUGAAAACUUAUGUGCAUUAUCUUUCUGCUAUUUAA